CAAUGUGGAAUUUUAUAAAUUGUGACAUGAUUAAAUUUCAGUGGUCACCACAUUCACCACAACCAAAAAAAAAACAAACCAUCAAGGGCGCAUUAGUAAUUUCUCAAAGCUGAUAAAAACAACAAAAACAUUAAUAGGGUAUUAUAUAUAUUGAAGCAAAAGUAAUUAGUAAAGCAGUAGAGCUGAAGCGCGUCAUAUCCCAAUGGACUAUGGAAGAAGAAGAUCUUCCUUCUUCGAUGGAUUCACUCUGUACCCUCUUCCCUACCCCGUCCUUCUGAUUCUCGCCGUGAUCUCAAUUUUUCUGGGCAUCCAGUGGUUCUCCGACUACGAGUCCGUCGUGGAAGCCGCCGAGGAGCAGACCAAUUGGAUCCUCCUGGCCACGCCGGUGGUGCUGAUCCUCCUCGUCCGGUGGCUCUCUUCAAUAGAGGACCCCGGCAGCUUCUUCAGGUACUCUCCCUACGACCGCCGCCGCCGCACCCACCACCUCCAGCCGGAGGGAAGCUCGCCGUGGGGAGUGGCCGCCCUCAUCCUCCUCCUCCUCGUCUUGGUGCAGUACCAAUCUGCUUUUCAUGAUAGCUGGUUUUUUUAAUUAUAUAUAUAUAUAUAUAUAUAUAUUUAUACAUAGAUAUAGAAUUACAUCUAUAUGAAUUUAUAUAUUUUAUGUAUAUGAUUUGUAUUUUUGCAUAAAUGGGUUGUGUUUAAUUAGAAGAGAUAGGUGAUUAGUUAAUUGGGUGUUGUGAAAAAAUAGUAUAGUGAGGGGCUGUGUUUGGAUUGUGGGAAAAUGUUCAUUAAGAUUUUGUUUUUGUUUCUUUUUCAUUUGCAAUUAAGGAGGAUAUGCUAUGAAUAUAUAAUUAAACAUCAUGUGGGUGUUUCUUAA